CUGGGAGCAAGGUCUGGCCGGAGGACAGCAGGCCGGGUGUCCAGGAUGGGGCUGGGGGUGCUGGCCCUGGCCGCCUGGCUGGGGCUGGGGCUGGGGCUGGCAUCGGCCUCCGAGGGGGUGGCCAACAGCAGCCGGCUCUGCCGAGAGGCGCCAGUCUGGAGCGUCAACGGCUCGAGCCCCAUGGUGGGGGCGGUGGGGCAGGUGACGGUGGUGGCCCUGCUGAAGGCCAGCUGACACUUCUGCCUGCAGCAGGCCCGCAGCCUCGGGGGCCUGCGGGAGAGGCUGGCCCGGCAGGGCAUGGCCGAUGUCCACUACAUGAUUGUUAAUGAGAAGGCGCCACUCUCCCGUAUCAUGUUCGGGGAGCUGGAGCGCCAGGCCCCCCCGGGGGUCCCCGUCUUCCAGCCGGAGCCAGAGGAACCCGACGUCUGGCAGGUCCUGGGGGGUUACCAGGACGACUUCCUUGUCUAUGACCGGUGUGGCCGCCUGGCUUUCCACAUCCAGCUGCCCUACAGCUUCCUCCACUUCCCCUACGUAGAGUCGGCCAUCCGCUUCACCCACAGCAAGGACUUCUGUGGCAACUGCUCCCUCUACCCCAACACCACCCAGGAGGCUAAUGCUACCAUGGAGGUCCCUGUAACCCUGAGCCCACUUCCUGAACAAGGGGGGAAGGAGUCAGAGACCCCCAUCCACCAGCACAACCCCCUCCAUCCUCACCACCACCACAAGGUUGGCAGCGAGAGAGCCAGAGAGCCGAGUGGGGACCAUGAACCUGCUGCCCAUGCUCGUCGCCACCACGGGGACCGCAGCCAGCCACAUCACAAGGGGCAGAAACAGAAGGAGGGAAAUGAGCACUAAGCCAGGCUGGACAGCCUUGCAGAAGAAUCCCGUAGUGUGCAGAUCAUGCCAACUCACUUCCCAGAGGCACAAAAGGACUUGCUUUGGGCUGCUGGUCACGAGCAGCGUUGGCAUAACUACCCCCUCCAGCAUCAUCCGUGCAGGUCAUACUCCCACGCUGUGACCAGGGAAGAAAAUCCCUCUCAGACCCCGCCAAGGUGCUGCCUUUUCAGCCCCAGGGCUCGAUUCUGACCCUUCCGCUGCUGCCUCCUGCCUUUCCACGCUCAAUGAAGCCCGCUGUGCAAACCGGGAGGUCCCCGGUCACUGCUGGCUGACACUGCACGGAGUGGCAGCGCAGGGGUGGAGGGGCCAGAACUGGGACAGGAGCAGCACUGCCAGCAUGCUCUGCCCGUCCUGGGACCCCUGGGUGUCCUGGCACCCCUGGGUGUCCUGGCAGGGGACCGAGGGGAGGAACAGCGUGUGCCCCAUAGGACGUGAUCCCAGGGGAUGGGGGCAUUUGCAGUGGUAGGAGGUCGCAGCAGCCCAUGGUCCAAACCCUGUACCCCACAGUUGUCACACCCUGGGGACCCUGCAGGCCUUGCACACGGGUAUGUGCAGUGCUGAUGGGUGGCCGCAAGAUGGUGUCCUUGUCCCCUUUUGGAGACCUGGAGGCUGUAUCCAAGGCUCACAGCCCUAGGAGGACAGGGGUGAGGAUCCUGGGCUUUCUCCUGGGGGAGAAGCAAGAUGGGAGGGUGAUGCGGAGGUCUGGAGUACGAAUAAAACCUCUGUGAAGCUAA